CGAACAACAACAACCACAACAAGCUAGCAAGCGGGUGAACCAUUAACAAAAAAAAAAAAUCACACGGCUGAAAAACCCAUGAGUCAUUUUGACGUGGCCGACGCACCACUACAGAGAAACUGAGAUAAUUUCGGCUUCCAGUCGGGCGGCUACCGAUGUCUACAUCGGGGAAGUACCUAAAACGAACACAACAAAGUUGAGAUUGUUUGCGACCUGCUCACGAUCGCAUCAUUUCCAAUUAGACAGUCGACUGCAGUGGAUGGAUUUUACAACGCGGAUUUAUUUGCUACGCAAUAUUGAAGUUAACAUUUAAUCGAAAUGAAUCAAUACUUCGACUUGGAUAGGAGACAAAAUGUUUCGUAUCUGAAUGAUGCGUCAAGCACUAGUGGUUAUAGCAGUGCCAAUUCGCCGACAUCUACGUCCAUGUCACCAGCCCAUUCACCGGAAUCCACCACACUCCAAAACGAAUUUGCCAAUUUGGCUUUGCCCCCGGUUGAAAAUUCACCACAAUUUAUGAAUUUACCAUACCAUCAACAGCCCAGUCAGCUGAUGCCAAAUGGCAACAUACCCAACGCGAGUUUCGGCAACAUGUACAUGGAUCAUCAAUAUUAUACAUCGGCCCCGCCUCCUGCGGCAACUGUUCAGCAGACAGCAUUAAAUUUCCAACAUCCACAGCCAGGAUCUGGGAUGAAAAAUGAAUUUCCCGCGGUGCUUCAAAUAGCCGAGCAACCUGUUGAAAAGUUUCGCUUUCGCUACAAAAGUGAGAUGCAUGGAACACAUGGCUCUCUGAAUGGAGCAAACUCAAAGCGUACCCCGAAAACAUUUCCGGAAGUAAUGUUGCUUAAUUACACGGGACCAGCAGUAAUUCGGUGCAGCCUCUUCCAAACGAACCUCGACAGUCCCCAUUCGCAUCAAUUGGUGGUGCGCAAGGAUGAGCGCGAUGUCUGUGAUCCGCAUGACCUGCAUGUGUCCCAGGAGCGUGGCUAUGUUGCUCAGUUUAUUAAUAUGGGCAUAAUACACACUGCUAAAAAAUAUAUAUUUGAUGAACUGCUGAAGAAGAAGCAGGAUCGUUUGGUCUUUCAAAUGAAUCGACGUGAGUUGUCCACAAAACAGAUUCAGGAGUUGCAUCAGGAAACAGAGCGUGAGGCCAAGGAUAUGAAUCUAAAUCAGGUGCGACUUUGUUUUGAGGCCUUUAAGAUCGGGGAGAACAAUACAUGGACCCAGAUAGCUGCCCCGGUCUUUAGUAAUCCUAUCAACAACCGAAAGUCUGCACAAACGGGAGAAUUAAGAAUUGUCCGCCUCAGCAAACCCACGGGCAGUGUUACCGGAAACGAUGAGCUAAUUCUGCUAGUCGAGAAGGUCAGCAAGAAGAACAUUAAGGUGCGCUUCUUCGAGGAGAACGAAGAUGGUGAAAUUGUGUGGGAAGCAUUUGCCAAAUUCCGUGAAUCUGAUGUGCAUCAUCAGUAUGCAAUUGUGUGCCAGACGCCCGCAUAUAGGGACAAGGAUGUGGACCACGAGGUUAAUGUCAGCAUUGAGCUAAUCCGGCCAUCCGAUGAUGAACGAUCUUUUCCACCUCUGGGAUUCCGUUAUAAGCCUCGUGAUGCUAUUGUAUCGCGUAAGCGACGACGCACUUGCUCCACAGCGACCACUAACAGCAGUGGCAGCUCUGGAACGGGUAGUGCAAAUAAUUCAAUGGAGCUGCCUAUAACACUGGCACAAGUGCAGCCAAUGGCUAUAUCGCAUCAUGAUCAGACAAUUAGUCAGGAGUUUGGUAAAGAAUCCCAUCUGGAAGAGCUUAUAAAUUCGGUGCAAUUUCGAAAAUUGAUCGAAACUGAUUCUGAAGAGUUAGAGAAAAUGUGCGAUCCAGUCUUGGGUAUGCUCGUUCAGGACGGAUUUGGUAAAUCAGAGAUAAUAGCGUCUACCGCUGCCGCUCUAGAGCCGACAUCGAAAUGCCUAGAUGCAAUUUUUAGAGCCUUUGAAACGGCACGCCACAGUCCACAGGUUUCGGAGAGCGCCAGAAAAUAUGUAGAGGAACUCUUUACAAACCAUGCCCUUAAGAACGACAAUCACGACACUCUUUUGCACGAAGUUAUUAGCCAGAAACAGGAUAAUCUAAAACUGGCAUUCAAGACAUUGCAGGUGCUCAAUUUCUUUGGCCUUCGCGACUUGGCCAGCACAUCGAUUAAUGCGGAUGGCGACAGUGGACUUCAUAUAGCUUGCCAGCAGGAUCGGCCUCAUUACAUUCGACCUCUACUUAAGCUAGGCUGCAAUCCCAAUCAACAGAAUCAUGCCAAUGACACGGCGCUUCAUGUGGCCGUCAAAGAGGAGCGGAUGAGCUGCAUCGAUAGCUUUCUGAAUGGUGUGCCGCCCGUUAAAUUGGAUCUCACAUUAAAAAAUGACGACGGAUUGAGUCCAUUGCAUAUGGCAAUUCGACAAAAUAAAUACGAUAUUGCCAAAAAAUUGAUCAAUCAUGAUCGCUCUGCAAUCAGUGUGGCAAACACCACCGAUGGCAAUAAUGCCCUUCACAUGGCCGUACUCGAACAAAGUGUGGAGCUACUAGUGCUCAUAUUGGAUGCCCAAAAUUCAACGCUCACCGAUAUACUCCAAGCCCGAAAUGCAGCAGGUUACACGCCGCUGGAGCUGGCACGAUGCAAGGCCAACGGACGUGUUGUCCAGUUACUGGAAAAAGUCUACCCAGAUCGAGGUGAAACGACCAUGACUUGGAUACCGUUCAAAGUAAAAGAAGAGAUCGAUUCCUCUUCAGACGAUAGCAGUGAUACGGGGGGCCUUGAGAUGAAGACCGAAGAAGAUGUCGUUAUCAAGACCGAAAAUGAUGACGACAUAGACACAACGCCGCAAAUGGAAACGGCAAAUGCAAGGAAUUUGAAAAUUCUACUUAAUAAUAAAACCAGAUUCGAUAAAUUAGCUGCCCAGCUCAACCAGCAAGACAUUUGGAGGCAAUUGGCGAAGAAAACGGAAAUGGAGAAGUUCGUCUUUCUCUGGUCAAGUGCUGAGGGCAUGCUAGAUUAUUUAUACCAUAAAUCGAGCAGGGCAGAAUUUGAAAGCUUUGCCCAGGCUCUCCACGAACAACUGGGAGUUCUUACAUAAGACUAGCAUAGUAUUUUGAUUGUUAUAUCUAUACAUUAUAGCCCAUAUUUGCUCUAACCCGAACACAAUUCUAACUAAAUUAAGGACCUGGAUAUGUAUUUAUAUACCAUACAUAUCCACUGAAAUAUGUAUUUUGUAAUAUACAAGUUGUUAUUAAAACCCAAUUAACACGCCAUUUCUGUCCAUAUCCAUGCAUCUAUCUCUUGAUAAACAGUUUAUUUCUUUUUUUUUUUUAUAAGAUACGAAAGAAGCAAAUUUCCAUAUAAAUCUUUGUGUAUACAAUAAAUAUUUGAGAAGUCUACUUAUGUA